CUUCCGGCGCCGCCGAACAUUGCCGGAGUCGCUGCGCCCGUGGGAGCCCGAGUCGUGGCCGAGCGCGCGUGGCCAUGUGGCGCCUGCUGGCCCGCAGCGCCGCGCCGCUGCUGCGGGUGCCCCUGGCAGAUUCCUGGGCCGCCGCCCCCGCCAGUGCUGGGCUCAAGACGCUGCUGCCCGUGCCGACCUUUGAGGAUGUUUCCAUUCCUGAAAGGCCCAAACUUAGAUUUGUCGAGAGGGUACCACUUGUACCCAAACUGAGAAGAGAACCUAAAAACUUGAAAGACAUACGGGGACCUUCUACUGAAGCUACUGAGUUCACAGAAGGCAAAUUUGCGAUCCUGGCACUGGGUGGCGGUUAUCUCCACUGGGGCCAUUUUGAGAUGAUGCGCCUGACCAUCAACCGUGCUAUGGACCCCAAGAACAUGUUCGCCCUGUGGCGAGUGCCAGCACCUUUCAAGCCCAUCACCCGCAAGGGCAUGGGGCAGCGCAUGGGAGGAGGGAAAGGCGCCAUUGAUCACUACGUGACUCCCGUGAAGGCCGGUCGCCUCAUCGUCGAGAUGGGCGGGCGCUGUGAAUUCAAGGAGGUAGAGGGUCUUCUCAACCAGGUUGCACACAAGUUGCCCUUCCCGGCCAAGGCCGUGAGCCGUGAGACUCUAGAGAAGAUGCGAAAAGAUCAAGAAGAACGAGAACGUAACAACCAAAACCCCUGGACCUUCGAGCGCAUAGCCACCGCCAACAUGCUGGGCAUCCGGAGAGUACUGAGUCCCUACGACCUGACCCAGAAAGGGCGGUACUGGGGCAAGUUCUUCUUGCCUGAGCGUGUGUAGUGAGAGUGUGAGGAGAACAAAAUACAGACUUUCAAGAAAGCCAGAAUCUCUCUUCCCCUCAGCCUGCUUGUAAAGUCUGGGAUAGCUCUGUGGGCACACAGCCUAGGAGCAUAUGAAUAGAUGUUUUGGAGACAACUGU